AUGGAUAAACAAUCUUAAAAAGUUAGAAAAUCUAUUUCUAAUUAUACAUAUGAUUUGAAUGACUUAAUUGGCUAAGGAUAUUCAUCAAAAGUAUACAAAGGACUUAAUACUCUCACAAAUCAGGUUGUUGCAAUUAAAGUCAUAAGUAUUUAAUAACUAAUCACACCAAUCUCUAAAAGCUUACUGAAAAAUGAAAUCAAUGUAUUGAAAUUAAUUAAUCACCCAAAUCUAAUGAAAGUUUUUGAAACCUUUGAAACUUAAAACAAUACAUAUUUGAUAUGUGAGUAUUGUAAUGAAGGUGAUUUAGCUGAUAUUUUGGAAACUUCUUCAUUCACAGAAUCUAAUGCUUUAAGAGUUCUCCAAUAAAUUCUCUAAGGAGUCAAAGCAUUACAUGAUAAAAGUAACACCUUUUAAGUAAAAUUUCUUAGAAAUAAUACAUAGAGAUAUUAAACCAGCCAACAUUUUGAAAUCUGAUGGACUGUUCAAAUUAGCAGAUUUUGGAUUUGCAGUUAUUGAGAACCAAUAUGAAAGCAUCAUCAAAAAGUUUAGUGUAGGAACUCCAAUGUAUAUGGCUCCAGAAACAAUUUAGAAUAAUGAAUAUUCAGAAAAAUCAGAUAUAUGGGCUUUAGGAAUAGUCUUGUAUCAAAUGUUAUACAAACAACUACCUUAGAAUUCAAAAUCAGAAAAUGAUAUCGAAAAGAAACAUGCAACAUUAAUUAAUAAAAUUUUAACUGACAAUCAAACAUCUUAAAAAACAAAAGAACUUAUUUUAAAAAUGCUUAAUAUUGAUCCAGAAAAAAGAAUUUCUGUUAAUGAGAUUAUUUAGCUUCUUAAUCCUACUCCAAAGAAAUUAUCCACUAUCUCACAUCAGAAUAUUUCUUGUAAAUCCAUAAAAUCAAUACCUACAUCUUUAGAUCUACAAUCCUCAAGAGCUUUAUUUGAUGAUAAUUUACUAUCUAAAUAAAUCACAAAAAGUUAACCAGAUGAAGUUGGAGAGAACAACUAAAUAAAUUGUAAAUCUUAAAAUUGUAAAGAUUAUUCAAACCCUAGAAUUAUAAAAGUUAAUUAAUUUAGUUCAUUCAGAGAUCUCAAAAUUAAUAAAAGUCCUAUCAAAACUAUAUAGACUUCUAAAGAAGAAUAAAACAUAUGUAUAACAUAAUAACCUUAAUAAACAUCAAAACCUUCUUACAAUCUAAAUUUAUAACCUGUAGGUAAAUUCUUAUAAGAAUCUCCUCUUAAAACAAGAGAAGAUCAAUAAACAAAAAGACUUAAAACUUAAAUUUCAAAUGAAUUUGUUGAACCUAAUUAAAAAGUAUCCAAUUGCUUAUCAGAUAAGCCAUAUUUUGUUAAAGUACCAUAAAACAAUAUUAAUCCUAUUCAAACUCCAUUAAAAACUGUAUAAAAUAAUAAAGCUUGUAACAAAAAUGCAAGUACUUUUGAUGAAAGUGAAUGUAUAUAAAGUAGUCAUCAAAAUAGUACUAAUGAUACAAUUAAACACAAUUAACUUUCUAAUUGUUUAUAAAUUUUUCAGGAAAGAUAGAAUUUACAAGAAAAUCAUUAAAACAAAUUUAAAAAAGUCAAAUCACCAAUCAGAAUAAUUCAAUCAUAAAAGACUAUAAUAACUCCACCUUUUAAAUCUUCAGGAAUUAGUGAAUCAAAGAAAUAAUAAGAUUUUAAACCUGACUAUUAUAUCUAAACAAAAGGAACUUCACCAAUAUUUUAAUAAGAAUCAUUAUCAAAAUUAAUAUCAAAUUUAUCUAUUGAAAAAAUCACAUCUGAAUUUACUUGUAAAAAACAAGAUGAAAAAGAAGGACUAACACCUGCAAAAAUAAGACCUACAUUUAAAUUUCUUAAUUAUCUGAAUUAAAUAAUUAAAAAUUUUGACAAUAUUAAUACAGAAGACAAAUAAAAAUGUUAUUUUCUAUUAAGAAAACUAUUAGGAAUCAAAGCAACAUAUGUAUAAUAAUGCUAUCCAUAAUAUAAAUAAGAAUAAAUACAAGUAUACAUUGAUAAUUUCUUAUCUUAUUAUGCUAAAGUUGAAACUGUAUUUUAUACAUCACCUGAUAAAUCAUUUGAAUAAUUUUUCAAUAAAGAUUUAAGUUAAUUUAGUAUUGGUUUUUCAUAACUAUUGUUAUUUUAUCUUUAAAAGAUUUCAUUAACUAAAUUGAAUUAAGAUAUAUAAAUUAUUUUAGAAAUUAUAUCUGAAAAUAUAAGAUAAUCAAAUGAUCCAGUGUUAUUUGCUAGAAGAUGGGAAAAUGAUUAACCUUGA